AUGAGUACUUGGAGCAUAAUCAUUCUGCUCGUACCUCUUCCUGCUACGCUUGCAGAAUUACUACGAGAAAAACUCACUGAGCUUGUACGAACUGAAUAUCGGAAUAAUGUUGGCAAGAAAAUUCAAACAGAAGCAGAAAAAGUCACAUUAUGUGGAGCUAUAAUGCAAAUGUAUUUCAUGUCAUAUGGCAUACCUUUACUUUCCAUAUCAGCUAUACUAGUCACUGGUGAUACCAUAUUAUAUGGCCAGUCAGUGAAAUUCUGCUUCCCCUAUCCAACAUUAUAUUCGAAAAUAUUUACUUAUGCCAUAUAUGUGCCUUUAUUGAUUUGGAUCAUCCUUGUCGUAGGAAAUGUCAUCGUGAUCUUGCGUCUGUUUAGCAAAGCAAAACGUUUGUCUGUUCAUCAGUUUUCUCAACACUAUGCAGAUAGCACAGUUCUGACAGAAAACGGCUCGUGCAUUGGAAACGCAGUAAGACCUUCAGCGCUGAAUACAGAUGAAAACCCUACAGCUGGAAAGCUUCUGCUAAUAUUACUGUUAGCAGUAUUAUAUUCUUUGAACUGCUAUGAAGCAUCCCUUUCCAUCGAUCAGUCAAAAAGUUUGGAAGAUUCGUUUACAACACCCAAAUCUUACUUCAUAGCAUUUUUAAAUAUAUUGCUUGCUUCCAUCAUUUUUCGUGUUUAUACUCUCGAAACAUUUCGGCAAGUUAUACGUAAGAUAAGACAACAGGUCAGUCGGAAUGCGGUAGGCAGUCGUUUUUCUGUACCAAGUGACGGAAUUGUUAAUAUUUCUAAAAAAUGUAGCAAUACCAUGACUUCGUUACUGGAUAAUGAGUUGUUCUGCAGGCAAUUGUAA